AUGUCUGCCGCAAGCAACGCAGAAAUUGUGCAUCCUGAAGACCGUCAGCUUGUGGAGAAGUUGGCCAAGUUGCAGAACAUGUACCAACAGAUUGGUUCUCUUCGGACUUUGCUGCCGGAGAAAUUGAUCAAUCCAACCCGCUUCGCUUUGGACAAUCCCGAAGGAUACGAUCCCGAGAAGUUGGCCGCUUUCCUUCAAGAUGCGGCCCAGACGGGCAGUCGAGACGUCUCCAAGUUUAAACGGGAUUGGCACAGUGACACAGUGCGGGAAAUCUGGCACAAUGUCAAUAUCAAUGAGCUUCCCCAAGGGCGAGAUGCCUGGAUUGUCGACUAUGAGCUCCUGAGCCGCAAAGCUGGUGGGAAACAGGACGAUACGACCAGCAUGAAUGCCGCUGGCGAUCAGGUUCAGCCCCCUGCCCCGGCCGAUGUUGCGAAGAUCGUCAGCGACUUUCGAACCAAGCAUCCAGAGCUGGCCGUCAACGUGGCCGAUGAAGUUAAUGUUCUGCCAAUUGAUAUCACUGUUGCCCACUUAAACUUUCGCAUCGACCAAGACCCAACGGCAAAUGGACAGUACGCAGUCAGAGGGCACCCCGAUACUGAGCCAUCCGUGCUCCGAGAUGACAUCGUCAAGGCGAUACGUGCUGGCGAGAGCGCCCCCAGUCUUGCUGGUCUGCUGGACAUGCUCGCCGCGUUCCAUGACAUCAAAACGAGGCCUUGUGAUAAAUGCCAUAAGCUUGUCAGCGGCACUAAAUUGCAGUUGCCGUUGAUCCGGCGGCCAAAGAUUUUCAACAUGGUUUCGGAGGCAUUCAAGUUUGUCCGGCUUCGCUUUCUGGCCGUCGUUCUCGGCGACAAGCGGCCCCUGCAGAACGAGGAUUUCUGUGGAGAAUACCGCCAUUUGAUGACGCGAUCGUACCGGGUUGACAGCUGGUCAGACAGAGUCCCUCGGGCAGCUCAACACUCUCAAGCGUCAUUUGUCGCUCUUGGCGAUGGUUCAGCAGCCCAGACCCUCACCAGACCGGUACUGCUCUCGAUAUCCUCGACAGCGGCCAGCUGA